AUGCCACAUGAUCACUCUCUCACUGAUUGGGAGCGAGCCGAGCCAGACAGACACAUGCCGAACGACAGUGCUCUCACGCCGCCGCCCAUCUGCAACAACAACAUUACUACUCCAUUGUCCUCUCUCGGGGCACCACUCGGCAUCCACCGCAGUCUACACCGACUACUCACCGACUCACUCCGACCACCACCCCCCCUUGUCUCAGCCCUCUCCCCGCAGCUUAUUCCGCUUAACCUUACCGACAAGCUUCGGCAACCUUCGCCCAGCCUCACCCCGGUGCACCAUGUCCAAAGGCAUGCUGAGCGCGGCGGCCCGCGUGUGGUCCCGCGCCGCAGCUCUCCAGGCCGAGGAGGCGGUCAUGAUGGCCUCGCCCUCCCUCCGCCCGCAGAUCUACGAGGACCCCGUCGUCUACCGGCCACCGCCGGCCGUGCCGCGCACCCGCGCCUUUCCCCGCCAUACCCUCCGCCACGAGCGCCGCCGAGCACCUCGCGCCCGCCCACCGGACCCGCCCACGAGCACCAGGACAUCAAGGAGCAGGAUGAGAUGUGGUCCGACCCCCGUCGGCACGUCGAGGUUGAGGUGUUUGACGAGCCGGCCCAGCCGGUGAAGGCGCAGCCGCAGGUGGAGAAGAAGCCGGCGCAGGUGGAGAGGCCGGCGGCAGUGUCGGCUACCGUCGCGGCGCUGCAGAAGCAAGCGGACAAGCUCGAGAGCCAGUAUACUGCCAAGCCUAGCCCGAGACCCGUCCCCGUCGCCCCCGCUGUCAAGACGGCGGCUGCCCCGACGCCGACGCCGAAACCCGCGGUUGCCGCGGCGACUCCGGAGGUCAAGAAGCCGUUCGUCGUCGACCCCAGCGUCGACCCGAUGACGUACCUGCCGCAAGUCGAGGCGGACCCCGAGGACGUGCCUGUCGUGCUCCGCUCGUCGGCUGUGCCCUCCUCCCGCCUCGGACGUCUGUUCCAUUACGGCUCCCUCGGCGCCUCGCUUGCCCUCGGUGCAGCCGGGGAGACAUUUCGCCGCACGACCGGCGGCGGCGGCCAGGGCAGCGUGUUCAUGAGUGACGCGAACGUGCGCCGCCUGGUCGCCACGCUGGGCCGUAUGCGCGGCGCAGCGCUCAAGCUCGGCCAGUUCAUGAGUAUCCAAGACAACACGAUCCUCCCCCCCGAGCUCGAGCGUGUGCUCGCGCAAGUCCAGGCGCACGCAAACUACAUGCCCGACUGGCAGCUCGACCGCGUCAUGACCGCCGAGCUCGGGCCGGAGUGGCAGGCCAAGUUUCUCGCGUUCGACCGGACGCCCGUGGCCGCCGCGAGUAUAGGACAAGUGCACCGCGCAACGCUCAAGGACGGCACCCACGUCGCGGUGAAAGUGCAGUUCCCCGGCGUCGCGGAGAGUAUUGGCUCCGACAUUGCCAACCUCUCCAUCGUGCUCCGGGGGAGCGCCCUGCUGCCCAAGGGCAUGUACCUCCAGAACACGAUUGCGGUCAUGAAGCGCGAGCUCGAGGACGAGUGCGACUACGAGCGCGAGGCGGACGCGGGCAAGAAGUUUGCCGCCCUGCUCGAGGGCGACAGCGUCUUCGACGUUCCCAGGGUCAUUGAGGGGUGCACGUCGAAGCGCGUCCUCACGACGGAGUGGGCCGACGGACGGCCGCUCAGCAAGCUCCGCAACCUGACGCAGGAGCAGCGUGAUCUGGUAUGUAACCGGGGGCAGCCGCAGGCUGUCCCAUGGCGGCUGUCCUGCACGGACAGCUUCGCACCUCUCGAAUCAUUAGCUAAUGGCCAGAUCGGCACCAACGUGCUCCGCCUCUGUCUCGAGGAACUCUUCAAGUUCCGCUUCAUGCAGACGGACCCGAACUGGGGCAACUUCCUCUUCCUCCCGUCCUCGGGGCGGAUCCAGCUGAUCGACUUCGGUGCCAGUCGCGAGUAUACACCCGAGUUCAUGGCGGGGUGGUACAAGCUCCUGUCCGCUGCGCUGUCGGGCGACAAGCCGGCGAUGGUGGCCGAGUCCCAGUCCCUCGGGUAUCUGACGGGCGAGGAGGAGCCGGACAUGGUCGACGCGCACAUUGCGAGCAUGUCUGCGCUGGCGCGGCCGUUCCAGCACCAAGGUCUUUACGACUUCAGCAAGCAGACGGUGACGGACGAAGUAAGGGCCAACAUCCCCGUCAUGCUCGAGAAACGCCUCACGCCCCCGCCCGCACCGACUUAUUCCCUCAAUCGCAAGCUCAGCGGCGCGUUCCUCAUGUGUGCCAAGCUUGGCAGCCAGGUUGACUGCAAGAAGCUCUGGGACGAGGCGACGGAGACGUACCAGAGGGAGUUUGCGCAGGCCAAGGUCUAG